AUGGCGGCGAAUUAUUUAGUCGAAUUGGGGUAUUUGUCGAAAACGCAUAGUAACGAACAAAAUUCGGUGUCAAAGCAACAAUUAAAAGAUGCGAUCAAGUCAUUUCAGCAAUCGAAUCGAAUACCAGUGACGGGUGUCAUUGAUGAUAACUCAUGCAAAUUGUUAAAUCGACCGCAAUGUGGUGGCAUGAUUUUGCCAAAUGCAUUAAGCGAUUACAAACACCGAAGUCGACGAUUUGCAUCUUUUGAAUUAAAGUGGCCCCGAACAAAUCUCACAUGGCGAUUAAUCAAUGAAAAUAUGACAAACUUGGAUGAAAAUUGGGCGAGGGAAAUAUUGCAGCAAGCCUUAGAAGUAUGGUCACAUGAAACUCCGUUGAAUUUUCGUGAAGUUGAUGCGAAACGUGUUGAUAUUGAAAUUGGAUUUUCACGAGACCUGCAAGCCCUGUUCAAUACAACGCAACGCAUAUUGGGAUAUGCCAAUCCUCCAAACCCAAUAAAAGUUCUUCUUAGAUUUGAUGCAGAUCAAAAUUGGGCAUCAUCUUCAGAUGAUAACGAUUAUUCAACAGCGGAUUUAAUGUAUACGGCCGUACAUGAACUGGGGCACGCGCUGGGUCUUGAUCACUCCAACGUAGAAGAUGCAAUAAUGUACCCAGCUUACAAGAUUGUGUUCAAAGGACUCCACGAAGAUGAUCGAAAGGGGAUUCAAAAUUUAUACGGUCCUCGCGGCAAAGAUCGGAAUAAAAAAGCACGCAUGCUACGCGCAAUGAAAGGUGUACGAAACAAUAUACGAUGGAAAAUGUUAGCCAUUUCGGAACCAAUUAAAAAGUUUUUCCGCUAUGUGUUUUAAUCAUUUUAAACAAACAAUAGAGUUUUAAUGGACUACGCCACAUUUCCAUGUAAUUUCCAAA